AUGACGUCUGACACUGACAACCGAUACCGAAUUGAUCGAUUUCUGUGUAUUGAAAGCCUAGCUGUGCUCAACCUAAUGUGCAAUUAUAUAAUUGCCCUUUCCUUUUCUAUGUAUCAAUGUUCCAAGGAUGCAACCUUCCCUCAUGAUACAUUUUUGUCAGAAAUGAGGAAUAUGCAGCGUAUGGCACGUGAAAAUGCUCACAGGAUUUUUGAGGAGAAUCAAAAAUUGAGAUCAGAAUUGGACAUGAAGAGAAAAGAACUUGAUUUGCGAUGCAAAGAACUUGAUAAGUUGGAGGUCCAGAAUGACAGCGAGAAAAGGAAACUUGAUAACGAGAAGCAAAAGACUGCACUGGAAAAUAGUUCGCUAGAAUUGGCAUCCAUUGAGCAAAAGAAAGCUGAUGAGGAUGUUCUGAGACUGGUCGAAGAUCAGAAGAGGGAAAAGGAGGCUGCUCUUGCUAAAAUACUUCAGUUAGAGAAGCAACUAGACCAAAAGCAAAAACUGCAGCUGGAAAUAGAACAGCUGAAAGGGACCUUACGUGUGAUGGAACAUUUGAAAGGAGAGGAUGAUACAGAUAUGGAGAAGAAGAUGGAAGAGUUGACAGAAAAAUUGGAAGAAGAAAAGAAUAUUCUAGAAUCCUUAAAUGCAACUCUUAUAAGCAAAGAGCGCAAGAGCAAUGAUGAGUUGCAAGAAGCACGUAAAGAGUUGAUUGUGGGUUUGGAUGAUUUAUUGAACGGCCGUACACUGAUUGGAAUCAAAAGAAUGGGUGAACUUGAUGAAAAGCCCUUCCACAAUGCUUGCAGGAAAAGAUAUAAGGCUGAUGAUGCUGAUACCAAAGCUGCAGAAUUGUGCACUAGCUGGCAAGAGGAGCUAAAGCAACCAUCAUGGCAUCCGUAUAAGAUUGUUCAUGAUGAUGAAGGGGCUCGGGAAAUUAUAGAUGAGGAUGAUGAAAAGUUGAAAAAUCUGUGGAUUGAGCUAGGGGAUGAUGUGUGCAAUGCUGUGAAAACAGCUUUAAUUGAGAUAAAUGAGUACAAUCCCAGUGGAAGGUAUGUAAUACCAGAGCUCUGGAAUUUUAAGGAAGGGCGCAAAGCUACAAUGAAGGAGGUCAUCCAGUACAUAUUUAAGCAGUGGAAGAAUAAUAAGCGCAAAAGAUGAGAUAUAAAAGGAGACCGAGGAUGUGAAGUGGGAAAAGAUUUUGUUUAUUAACUGAACCAGGUAUUGCAGCAGUGCCAGAGACAGAACAAGGGUGAGGUUUUGGAAGCUGUUCCAACUUCCUAGAUAGGACACGAUAUCUGGGGAAGUUAUUCAGGUGGACCUUUUUUGUUCCAUGGUUUUGUAAUGCUAAGCUAGAGAAACAUAAAGACAUCAAUUUGGUGGAUGCUAUUAGAUGUACCAGGAUUAUUGCUAAUAGUUUAUAUGCAUUAUAUAUUAUAGAUUCUCUCUAUGAUUACUUUCA